GUUGGUUCAUGACUCAUACCAUCAGUUUAAUCAGAAACACGCAUUCGAUAACGUGGAAGCUACUUUCAAAAACCCAAAGGUUCAACUGUGAAACAUACCAAAUUUGAGAGUGCUAAAGAAGUGAACAAAUAAUCAGAAUAAAAUGUCGCUUAUUCCGAUUGUGUUCCGUGACUGGUGGGAUGACUGCUGGGAUACUCCUCUGCGUACAUCCCAGUUGUUGAACCAGCAUUUUGGCAGUGGAAUUAGUGCAGACGAUUUGCUGACUGCAUUUACCAUGGCAGCUGCUGCUCAAUCCGCCUUGCAGAAUCAAAGAGGCUCUCGCUAUAACAGACCUUGGCGCAAUUCAGCUCUCGCCGCUCGUCAAGAUUCUGGAUCAACGGUCAAGGUAUCCGACGACAAGUUUCAAAUCAACCUGGACGUUCAACAGUUCGCUCCGGAAGAGAUUUCUGUCAAGGCUACAGGCAACAGUGUCAUCGUCGAGGGCAAGCAUGAGGAGAAGAAAGAUGAACACGGAUACAUUUCAAGACAAUUCGUUCGUCGUUACAUGCUUCCGGAAGGACACGAUGCCAACCAAGUGGUCUCGUCGCUCUCAUCGGAUGGCAUUUUGACGGUUACUGCUCCGAAGAAGGCAUUGCCGGAGCCAGAAGGACCGAAGGCUAUUCCGAUCGUCCAAACAGGACAACCAGCCAAACUUCAACAUGCUGAGAAGAAAGCUAUCAAAUAAGCAUUUAUAAGACAAACAUAUAACUUCAAUCUACCUCAUCGUAUCAUCACUAUGUGCUUUCACUAUUAAUAUUCAUGUGGUUUAAACUACUACAUUAUUAUCGUUUGCUGUAUUUCAACAAAGGAAAAAUUUUACAAGCAUUAAGCAAUGAUGCUCAUACUAAUUCAAGCUUACUAGCAAAUUAUCUGCAUUAAUCAAAACCAAAUUCUAGAAAAAUAUGUCAUGAACAUAUAGUAGAGAUAUGAGUAUGGAAACAAAAUUAUUGAAGGUUGUAGCUGAAUUGAGUAAAUUAUUGUAUGAAUAAAAUCAGCUCCCUAAAAGAAA